UUUGUUGACGUUAACAUAGUUAUUCUUAAUUCCUAGCUAUUAUUGUAAAUAAAUCGUGUAAAGGCAAAUAAGGAUAAAUUUAAUUUAUAUUUUACGUUUUAUGAAACUUAAAUAGUGAAUAUAAUGUCCAAUUAUCAAGAAAUUGUAAACUUAAACGUAGGUGGUACCAGAUUUGCCACUUCUUGGCAUACACUGACGUGGGUACCUGAUACUUUUUUCACUGCAUUAUUGAGUGGUCGAAUACCUACUGUGAGAGAUGAGACUGGCGCUAUAUUCAUAGACAGAGAUCCAAAACUAUUUGGCCUUAUUCUGAAUUUCUUGAGAACUAGAGACAUAGAUUUAAACAAUGUCAACAUAAGAGCACUGAGACAUGAGUGUGAUUAUUUUGGUAUAAUGCCAUUGAGCAGGAGGCUGGCUUUAUGUGAUGAAAUGAAUCAUUCUUCCUGUGGAGAUGUAUUGUUUUAUGGGUACUUACCACCACCAUUAAACACACCAUUACCAAAUAAUAGCAAUGGCAGAAAUGGUAAUGGAUCAAGAAAAAACUCUACAGCGUCGAGCUCAGAUGUUUCAACUAAUAGAACUCAUUCUAGAAACUCAUCACUUGAUCUGCGAACUGUUGGGAGGAUACCAUCUCAAGAUCAACUAAGUCGUUGUGGCAGAGGUCAUUCACGCGCCGCAUCCUUAGGUAAUACAGAUUGCCACAAAGGGCUUCGUCCACCUGAAGUAAACACAUGGGCUGAGAGCAUGAAAGUUCAAAUUAUAAAGGCACACCAUAAUUGGGUAGCUGUUGCAUAUACACAUUUCGUCACAGGAUACAGAUUAACCGACUCAUGUGGAUGGUAUGUUGUUUUCCAAUCACCUGUUCAAGAGUCAGUAAUUGAAAGAAUAGCACUGAAUGCCAAAACAGGUGGUGGUGCCAACUCCAGCGGUAAUAAUUCCGCCGGAACAGACGUCAUGCUCGGUAUAGCUAGUGGACCACUCGUAAAAUUAUGGGCAUUUUCCACACAUACAGAACCCGUUAGAAGAACUUUGAUUGGUACAUUCAACUUAGGUGUUCGAGUAGAGCAUCUACUGUUCGUGGGCCCACAAUUGGUAGCGCUAAGUGGUGCUGCGAGCCGCAGCAAGGCGGGCGUAUGGCACACUAGCACGCAACACUGGCAGACGCAGGACGUCGCGCACCUCACCACUUACGACACCGCCGGCUCCUUCCUGUUGCUGGGCACUGCCACUGGUGCCAUAAACUAUAUUGACAUGCAAAAGUUUCCACUCCGGAUGAAGGAUAAUGAUUUACUUGUCACUCAGUUAUACAAGGAUCCAAAUCAAGAACCUAUUACUGCGAUAUCUGUGUACCUGACACCGAAAACGAAUCUAUGCGGUAACUGGAUCGAGAUCGCAUACGGGACUAGGUAUGGAUCAGUACGCGUGAUCGUACAACACCCAGAGACGGUCGGCCACGGGCCACAACUCUUCCAGACCUUCACCGUACACCAGAGUCCUAUUACGAAAGUUUCCUUGUCAGAGAACUACUUGAUCUCGGUAUGCAGCGAGUACAACCACGUGCGGUCGUGGCGCGUGACGCGGUUCCGUGGCAUGAUCUCCACGCAGCCCGGCACCACGCCCGAGGCCGCCUUCAAAGUGCUUGCGCUCGAGGCACCCACUGCGCAGGCGCACAACGACUGUGGGCCUUACGGCGAACAAGACGAAGAACAAAUAUUCAUACAAAAAAUAGUUCCUGACAGUGAUACGUUAUUUGUUCGAUUGGCUUCCAACGGCAAGAGGGUAUGCACGAUCCAAUCUGUGGACGGGUCGGCAGUGUCGUGUUUCGUGGUGGCAGAAUGCGAGGGUGCGCUGCGGCCACGUCGGCUACUUCUCGCGGGUCAUCGAUCUGGCGCUACGCAGAUGUGGGAUCUCACCGCGCCCAUCGACCGUGCCACCAAACCAGCCGCACCAGCCCCCACCGGCGGAGGAGAAGGUGAAGAAUCUCCGUACGCGGACGGAGGCCCUAGUCCCGACGAGCUGGUCCGACUACUGUCAACGUGCGACCUAGACGCGUCGCCUGCGCCUGCGCAGCCUGCAGCGCCCGUUCCACAUUCACCCAACCGACCGCUGGCGCCAUGAACCCCGCCCGCCUCUGCAGUACCGCCCUUCUUAUGCGGUUCGAUGCUCUCUAUCUGUUCGCUCUUCGUCUAAUAAACGUUGCACGUAACACACAGGACGCGUGUAAUCGAUUCUGAAGCACCACCCUAUUUGAUAAUUUUGCUAGACUACAAAAACAAAAUAUUUUACCUGAAAUUUAUCAUAAAAAAUUAAAGUGUCUUUAUUAUUUAUAAAUACGAUCGGUUAAAGAAGUAAUCGAUUAUAACUGAUUUAGUGAUCGAUUAAUCGGUUAAAUUUUAUUUAUUUCAGUUCUUUAAAUUAUAAUUUUGCUGAGUUUUCAUGUUAGAGAAAGGAUUCAGAAAUAUCAGACUGAACUCCAAUAUUGUUUAUCUAAUUGCCAUGCUUAAUAAAACCUUGGCAACCUUUUUAUCGAAAUUAAGUGCAUAAAAUGUACAAAUCGUUUAUAUAUGUUAGUGAUGUAAAUUAUUGUUUUAUAUUUUUCAUCUUUAAAUUACUACUUCCAUAAAAUGAUGUCAAAAUUGUUAAGUAUGUCAACUCAAAAAGCUAUUAGAGCGCAUAUCUUAAGAUAUCGCUUUUUAUCCAAAUGAAGAAGCAUGAUGCAGGUGACAUUUUACCAUUAUGUAUCUGCAAAUGUCGACGGAUACUUCCAGAUCUUCUAAUAUUAUAUAUCUUACUAAUAUAAAUGUUUUGUAACGAUUGUUACAUGUUUGUUAUUCAAUUGUGCUAAAUCAACUGACUGGAAUUACCCAAAAUUUGGUAUUCGAACAGACCAUAUCGUAGAUUAACGCAAGAUACUUUUUGAUCCUAAUCCCUUCAAAGCUGCGACUUACAGCUAAUAUAAAAUAUAUGUGAAUUUAAUAGUCUAUUCACUGCGUGACCAACGCACAUGUUAGAACGAACAAAAAGUAGUGGUGUCUCUGUCUAGGGUGCAAAUUCACUGCACCUCUUGAACCUAAUGAUGAAAUAAAUUAUUUAAAUCUGUAUUUAAAAAAGAAAAUAUAAUGUAUAAGAGUAUAUUUUAUUUUUGAUUAUGAUAUUUUAAGAUAUUAUUUAGCACUGUAAUAAUUUAUGAAAUGUGGGAAAUAUUGGCUUUUCGAAAUAAUGCCGAACAUUUUAAAUAAAUACGGCGUAUGAAGACUGAUUUCAUUUAUAAGCUCAAUCAUUAUUUUCUUAUAUUGAUCAAAUUCUCAUGAAAUCGUUUAUUUUUUCAAAUUAGAUAUUACUAUAAAUUAUAUACUUAUCUGUUAAUAAUUCUGGUAUAUAGAUGGAUGAAUGCAAGGACGUAGUGAGGAUUUUAUGCGGAAGGAAGGGGGAGUAGAAACAAGAGAAAUAAUAUGUCUACUACAUAAACUUAAAAAUACAUAUUUCACAAUCCAAAAAUGCACAUAAAAUCGUAUACUCAACUACAAUCAGCCACCCCUCCUCCUCAUUCUUCAAUUGGCUGUAACGUGGCUACGAGCAUUAACGAAAAUAUGUAAAGCCAUAUACAUGUGAAUGGUAAACUUUUCGUUACAUCACGUAUUGCUAAGUUGCAAUCAACAUGGUGCUGGCAUAUUCGGCAACUUAUCGAAAACAUAAUGAUAAAUAUACAGGGUAAAAUUGAAAUAAUUAGCAUCAAUUUGAAGAAGUGUUAUACCAGUGAAUCUUAAGAUUUUCACUAAAGAAACGUGAAUCUUAAAGGCAAAAAAUUUCGGCCUCCCAUAGUAACACUUUUAUAACAUAAAAGCGUUACUAUGGGAAGAAUGUAUUAUGCAUGAAACGUACAAAAGUUUUUGUCAUUUUUAAAUGUUUAACUCACAAAAUUACUACUGGAAUAUAUAACACGAGUAGAUUAUUGGUUUUACGUACCACUAAUAAUUUGAUUUCACCUGUAUAUAGCAAUUUAUUUAAGUGAUAAACAUCAUCUUGCCAUGAGAUGCAAAAUUAUUGCCAUUAUUUAAUUUAUCGCCAACCUAUAAAUUAAAACAAAAGUAUAAAUCUCAUAAAAUGACUUUUAAACUUCUUUCCACAUCAAGUUAAAAUCUAAUAUCUUAUUAAUAUAUUUAAUAAUGACGAUUGUAUAAAGAUGAAUUAAAAAUCCAUACUAAGUGCUAACAAUCACCAGCAUCGACAGAAUAUUGACCAACUUUUGCUGAACAAAAGUUUACCAUAAUUACGUGGCUCGAAUCUUAGUUGUUAACAUUUAUAAUAGACGUAAUUUAUUGUUGUUGUUAUAGUAAAAUAUUGCAUUAAUGUGUUAUUUUUUCAUCUAAAUAUAGAAAGCUUAUGUAGGUAUUCUAAGAUAAAAUCUAAUAUAGUUGAUCUUAAUGUCUCUAAAGAAACCAAAUAUACUUUGAGAUUUCAAUUAUAUACUAUCAUAUUGAUGUUAGGAAAUUUUACAAUUAAAAUACUUUGCCACCAGGUUCCCGUUAAUGAGACACUCAUUGUGAAGCAAAUCUUAUGAUCACCUUUUAAUUUUAAAUUGCCUUUCGUAGCAUCAUAUAAGUAUUUUGGAUAUUAGAAGAAAGAUUUAGAAUAAUAUAUGUAAUCAGAACACGAAUUGUUUAUUUUUUCCUAAAAUUGAUAUGUAAUGACGAUAUAUAUGUUAGGAUAAAAGCCCGUACAUUAGUAAAUUUUGGAGUUUACCAACACGAGUUGGCAAAUGUAAGGAUUUUAUAAAAAAAAAAAGAUCAUUUUUGGGGCUUUCACCAAAUUAAACUUCUGACCACGAAUACGAGCAUCACGCACGCUAUGGUAGGUUGGAUAAUUGUUUGUUUUGUAAUUAAUAUAUUGUACAACUAUUGUUUUCAUUAACGUAAAAACUUUGUAUUAAAAUCAUGAAUCUUGCGAUACAACCCUUGAGCCUAGUGCUAGUUGUUUAAGUGUUAUUUUGACCAAGUGUGUAAAAUGAAUUAAUAAAUUUACUGAUGAAACCUAAGAUUUACCAUUGUAUGGGAUUUUACAGUAACAUACACUUUUAUAAUGUAAUAAUAAAAUCAGGUUGUUUAAGUAUUCAGAAAAACGACUGUUUCAUGUUGUCGAGUGGUAGACAUUGAUUUUAUAUUAUUUUUUUUAUACCACUGAGGUGGCAAACAAGCAUACGGCCCACCUGAUGGCAAGCGGUUACCGUAACCUAUGAACACCUGCAAUACUAGAGGUAUUACGCGUGCGUUGCCGACCCUGAAGAAACCCCUUUUGAUGAAGCAGGCAGGGAGCUCAUUCCACAACCUGAGUGUUCGUGGGAGGAAACAUCUCUGAAAUCGCGCAGUACGCGACCAUUGAGGCUGUAGGAUAUGAGGAUGAACUCCCUGUCGAUGGCGAGCCGUACGAUGGUAGAAAGUGGCUGUGGGCAUCAUAUUGAACAAUUCCUCUGAGCACAAUCCAUUGUACAGGCGAUAGAACACGCAGAGUUCAUUUAAUAAAGUUCAAAUUUUGGUUUCAUUUUAGAGACUUAUAUUUUCAAUUCAAAUUUUAUUGUUUUCUCAUUUUAUAUUUAUAUGGAAUACAUGAAUUGGUGUAUCUAUCUGUGGUUUGUAUACAAAACUAUAGUUUUGUCAUAAGCCUUUGCAUAUGUAUAGUCUAAAUUUUGUAUAUAUUACGAAGCAAAUAAACUAUUUACAGAUUU